AUGGCGUCGUCGAUCAACAAUCCGACGGUCCAGACCAUCAACCAGCUCCUGGGCAAGCUGAGUGACCCCGACCCGGACCACCGCUUCAUGUCACUGGAGGACCUGAAGCAGAUCCUGAGCAAGCACCGGGUCGACCUUCUACACAACGACUACAACACGGCCUCGCGCGUAGCCGAUGCCGUCAUCAAGUCGCUCGACGACCAGCACGGCGAGGUCCAGAAUCUGGCACUGCGAUGCAUCGGACCUCUCGUCUCGCGCAUCCCCACCUCGGUUGUGGCCCCGACCCUCGAGAAGCUCGGCAUGCUCAAGAUCAAGAACUCGGUCGACAACUCGCUGCCGUCCAUUGCCCUCAGAAGCGCCAUCGCUGCGCUGCCGAAGCCGGUGCGCGGCGUUGCCCCCGACAGAAAUGUCAUCGAGACGUACAACAUCAUCAGCCGGGUCCUGAUCCCCAGGAUCCUCGGCUACUCGCCUUCUGGCAGUGGCAAGGGCGCUAUGCAGGUCGAGACCCAGGGCCUGCUGGACGAGACCGCCGAGCUCACGUCGGAAGCCGUCGACGUGCUCAUCGAGGUCGUCCGCGACUUUGGUCCGCUCUUGCAGCCUCUGGAGAUAGAGAAGCUGCAGGACGUGGUCGUCAAGGUCCUCGAGCGAAACACCGCUUCCGGCCCCGUCAAGAAGCGCGCUGUCGUGGCCCUGGCCAUUCUGGGUCCCUACCUGUCGGAUGAUGUGCUUAACAUCUUCAUCAUCAAGAUCACCUCUGCCUUGAGCCAGAAGAACGUUACGCCUGUCAUGAGGAAGCUCUACAUCACCAUCUUGGGCUCUCUGGCGCGUUCCAUCCCAUACCAGUUCGGUGAGCACCUCUCCACGCUCUUGCCCUUCAUCCUGGCAGCACUCGGCCAGGCUGAGCUCCAGGCCCAUAUCGACGCUGCAGAUGAGAGCGACGACCAGGCUUCCAUCGAGUUCAACGAGGUGCGGGAGGCCGCCAUGAUCGCCCUCGAGGCGUUCCUGGCAUCCUGCGGUACACAGAUGCGCCCUUACACCGAGGAGGUCAUCUCUUGCUGCCUGCGUUACCUGAAGUAUGACCCGAACUACGCCGUCGAUGACGACGAGGACAUGGACGAGGACGAGGACGAUGAGGACGAGGAAGAUGAGGACGACGACUUUGGCGACGACGAUGGUUUCGACGAUGACGACGACGACGGAAGCUGGAAGGUCAGAAGAUGUGCUACCAAGACCUUGUACACCCUGAUCUCCACGCGCAGCAGCGAUCUGCUGGACAAGGGCACACUCUACAGUGUCGUUGCUCCCCAGCUCAUCAAGCGCUUUGAUGAACGGGAAGAGAGUGUUCGUCUGGAAGUCAUUGGCACUUUGGCCUUGCUGAUCCGAAAGACUGGCGAGGGUGUACUGCGAUGCGUCCCGUUGGAUGAGGAGGCCGAGCUUCUCCAGUCCUUGCCCGAGUCGCGCAAGAGGAGACGUCAGGACAGUGGCGGUCUUGCCAUCAGCAGCAAGGCCCCCUACCUCGGCGCUGGCCUUGCGUCGCCUACCCGAGAGGAGAUACCGCCUACCGGACCCCGGGCUGAUCUCUCGCAACAGACGCCGUCGAUAGUGAAGGCGGCGACGAAGCAGCUCAAGGGCAAGCAGAUCUCCACCAAGCAAGCUGUCAUCAACCUGCUCGACGACUUGAUCUCGCUGCAAAAUGGCGGUCUCUCGGACUAUUUCGAUAAGGUGAUGCCCCCCGUCAUCGAGGUCACCAAGGGGUCAGCCUCCAGCAUCGGCUCGACAUCUACGACCUUGUCUGGAGGAGCGUCGUCCGCCACCCCCACUACUCUCCGCGUUGCUGUACUCAGAUUCAUCAGUGACAUUGCCAGGACUCAUUCGUCCAAUCUUUUACAGCCCUAUCUGUCCAAGGUCGCCGACGGUGUCGUCGCUGCUGUCAACGAUCGCUUCUACAAGAUCUCUAGUGAGGCACUCAGGACGGCCGAGGAACUCGUGAAGGCCAUCACUCCGCCGCGGGCCCGGCUAACAUCCCAAAAGUACAAGCCCGAGCUCUUCAAGCUUUAUGAUAUCAUCGUCGACAGAGCCGCUGCCAACGACGCCGAUACCGAGGUCCGACAGAGAGCCAUCCAGGCGCUCGGCACCCUUCUCUCCCGAACCUCGGUGCCGGAGGGUACGUCUUUGCUGCCCGUGGACAAGAGACAAGCAGGCCUUAAACUCCUGCUCGAGCGACUGCGCAACGAGACCACCCGUCUUCAAGCUGUGCGGGCCAUUGACAAUGUUGCCCUCCACACGGUCACUGCCGGUGGUCUCAAUCCGGACUGGAUCCAGCCUGUCGCGCUGGAGCUGUGCGCUCAACUCCGCAAGACCAACCGCGCACUGCGCGGUGCUAGCAUUCAAGCACUGCAGCACCUGAUCAUGUCCCCCUCAGCCAAGGGAGCCCUCCAGGCCGACACCAUCAAGGGCAUCGUGGGUGCCAUCCAGCCGGUCAUUGAGGCGAAUGACAGCCAUCUGCUGAGUCCAGCCUUGCACGUUCUCGCUCACCUGGAACAAGGCAAUCCGGCGCUUAUUCUGAACCCCGGUCUCAUUACAGCUGUCUGCGGCCUUCUCCGCAGCCUCAUCACCGAAUCGGCCCUCAAUGCAUUCCUGAGCCUAGCCACGAGCGUGGGCCAGACUGGUCAGGCGAAGCCUCUGAUGCAAGGAGUUCUCCAGGUUGGCGUUGGAGGAGAUGCUGCCGCCGUCGGUAAAGUCGCAGGCACACUAUACGUUGCCAGCAAUGGAAAGGCUGGUGUCUCGGUGGAUGAGUUCAUCACGGAGCUUGCUACUGCCAGCAAGAUGAACCCACCUGACAACAACCGACAGAGCUUGGCGCUCGCCAUCCUGGGCGAGAUUGGUCUUCGGCUUGGAGCAGAAUCCCCCAUCAAGCCCGACCUAUUCCUGCAACAGUUUCACGAAGAACCAGACAAGGUCUCCAUGUCGGCUGCUGUGGCACUGGGUUGCGCAGGUGCUGGCAACCUUCCUGUAUUCUUGCCCAUCAUUCUAGGAUCCGUCAAAAAGGCAGGUAGCCAGCAAUAUCUUCUGCUCCAGUCUAUUCGUGAGAUUCUGAAGCAGGUGGUCAGGAACUCGACUGACAUCAGCUCCUAUGCUGGCAACAUCUGGGACCUGCUAUUUUCCGCCUCCCAGUAUGAGGACAACAAGGCCAUAUGUGCAGAAUGUAUCGGAAGUAUGGCUAUCUUGUCGCCGAAGACAUACAUCCCCAAGCUCCAGCAAUUGUUCCAAUCUCCGGACCCCAAGUUCCGGGCCGUAGCCGUUCAGGCCAUCAGAUACACCCUCCCCGAUAGUGACGAAGCAUUCGACAACAUGCUGAAGACAGUCCUAGUAGAAAUGCUGCUCACGGUUCUCCAAGAUAGCGACAUGGAAAUCCGACGCCUGGCAAUGACCACUCUCAAUUCUGCAGCCCACAAUAAGCCUGAUCUGAUACUGCCUCAUCUGGGUGAAUUGGUACCGUUCGUCAUGGCCGAGUCCGUCAUCAAACCUGAACUCAUUCGUGAGGUUCAGAUGGGUCCCUUCAAGCACCAAGUCGAUGACGGCCUCGAAGUACGCAAGAGUGCCUAUGAGACGUUGUAUGCUCUUAUGGAGACUGCCUUCUCACGCAUCAGCUCAUUAGAGUUUUAUGAUCGUGUCAUCGCUGGGCUAAAAGACGAGAACGACAUCCGCGCGCUCUGCAAUCUGAUGCUGAGCAAACUCAUUGUCAUUGACCCCGACGAGACUACGCGCCGACUGGACACUAUAGCCGAAUGCUACCGCAAGAUUCUUAGCACAAAAUUGAAGGAGGGUUCGGUCAAGCAGGAGGUUGAGAAGCAAGACGAGGCCAACAAGUCUGUUCUUCGCGUUACACUUCUUCUUGCGGACAAGACCAAGACCACACUACCCAGUGGCACAAAUACUGGCCCGGGCGCUGCAAACCAACAGGCACAACAGCAGGUCUCGAACCCUGUUUGGCAACAGUACUGGGAAUGGGUCAAUAAGGACUUUGAGCGAUCCAUCAAACUUCUUCGAGAGGAGAGCAGAGAGGUCUAG